CGAGCUCCCAAAAACCCACAACAACCAUUGCAGAAAAUGUCCUUUCGCAAGCGCAAUAUAGGCUUGUCCGGAGCCGUCGAUCGCACGUCUAUCGCCAAUACUUCUGCGCAGGCGCCGCAAGCCACCACUACUACAGAUUCGCAUCCCGGUAUCCGUCCCUCCCCCGACGAUGGGCGACCAACUACUUCGACAGGCACACGAUCGCUCGACAACCUUCUGGCGGGGCACGGAGGACUUCCUAUUGGGAAAAUACUCUUAAUUGAAGAGAAUGGGACUACAGAUUUUGCGGGUGCACUGCUACGAUAUUAUGCCGCUGAAGGUGUGGUGCAAGACCAAAAGGUUCACGUCAUUGGGAUGCCGGAACAAUGGGGUAGAAGUCUCCCAGGCUUAAUAGGUCCCGCAGACAUGCUGGAUGAGAAAUCCGAUAAGAAAAAGAGCGAGCGCAUGAAGAUUGCUUGGCGGUAUGAGCGUUUGGGAGAAUUCGGUGCUGGAGUCGCGGGGUCCCGAGCUCCUACUGUUUCAGGAGAACAGAGUCCAACAGUUGCUGAUAUGAACAAGCAAGAGGCGUUCUGUCACGCCUUUGAUCUCACAAAGCGUCUCACCCACCCUUCCAUAUCGAACUUGACAUAUAUACCCCUCACGCCGUCGAAUGAACCCUUGUUCAUCUCGAUUUACAAACGUCUUCAGACAGCAAUUGCUUCGAGUCACCCAAACACAGUACAUCGUAUCGUCAUUCCAUCCUUACUCAACCCUACGAUAUAUCCAUCCGAAGUAAGCCAGCCAGACCAUGUUCUGCCCUUUCUCCAUGCAUUGAGGGCAUUGAUGAGUACCCAGGGUCACCGCAUCACGGCAAUGGUCACAGUUUCUUUGUCUCUCUUCCCGCGCUCGUCAGGACUGGUGCGAUGGAUGGAGAUAAUCAGCGACGGAGUCAUUGAACUUUGUCCUUUCCCCCAUUCGGCCGAUGCCCUCGCAACAUCUGGGGCUGCGACAUCACAGGAGGAGCCACCACAAGGCAUGCUCAAGACCCAUAAGUUGCCAGUGCUUCACGAGCGUGGUGGCGGAAGUGAUCAGAACGUAGGACAAGACUGGGCCUUCACCCUGAGCAGACGAAGAUUUGAAAUCAAGCCCUUCAGCCUACCACCUGCUGAAGGAGACAAAGAGGCACAAGAUGCUGCGGGACCCGGCGGGAUGCCGAAAAAAGCGGACCUUGAGUUCUGAUUGCAUGUCCACAGAGCUGGAAGAUUACACUAGCAGAUCUUGUUCACUACUCUUCAUGGUCUGACGGCACCAACAUGUUGUCCAACUCAAUUUGUUCGGACAUAGAGGAGCCAGUGUUGACCAUAGUUCGAAGAUAAUGCCUGCCAUAGGCAUCGAGUCCAGGCCUUACGGAGACUCCUGGAAAAUAGGAGCCAAGGCGACUCCGGCGAAUCGCUGAGAUACCCAGCCACCCUUAUAUAGUCAGCGCUGGGGUGAUAAGCAACAACUGCAAAAGCAGUGCCUACCUAGAAAUAGGAAGAAGGGCGCGAAGAAGACCAAGAAGAGCAGC